CUCUGUCUCACGAGACCCCUACCAAAUUUUGUCCUGGGCACGACAGUGGAUGAACGGUCAAAACUGAUUCGCUGCUAUCCUGAUGCGUAAUCUUUUACCUGAUGUGUCCCCCAUGUCACGGUAGCGAAGCGGUAUUGAUAAGAGGGUGGCCGGGCCCUGUAUUCUCCCUCCCACCAUGUCGACCCAGAAACUACCCUAACCCGGUCUUUUCCAUCCAUGAAAAGCCUCCAGGCCUCUCGGAAAAUGCGUUCAAGGUGAAGGUGAAUGCCUUUGUAGACAUGUACCUGGGUGCCGCGGCUGCCAAGGAGUUCAUCCUGAGCGCUCACCUGAUUUUCUCCACGAACGAGGUUGACAGUCUCGCGCCUCGCAUGGGCGUGCAGCCAUCAUCGCUCCUUGCGUGUGUGAUCUACGAACUCGAGAGCAAAGCACAUGUCGAGCAAAUUCCCGGCGACCCGAGCUUCAGACCAGUUUUCCAGGCUGACGAUCAGCUGGAGCUUCACCCUAAUCGGCAUUGCUUUCGUUGCUGACGUCAGUGAUCUCGUCCUCGGCCCCGUUGGUUCCGACGACAAAAAAUACCGUGGCAUUUGGCCGGUAUAAAGCACCGGCAGGCCGUGUCUCGAAGUUCUACGCGGAGAUUCAAGACGUCGCGCACAAACUUGGCGAGAUUGGGAGUGUCAGGAACAAACCCCAGCUCUUGCGAACUGUGAGUCGUGGCGUGAAGUCGUAAACUCGAAUCGAAAUCAACGAGUCCAACGGUCGACUUUUCGAUCCAUAGUACAAAGCCACUCAUGCUGCGAAUCGGUUCUUCGCAGCGUACGGUCGAGCACCAGCCGAGGAGUAUUUUGUCAUCCGUGCGGACUCCGAGACUUUCGAGGAUCUUCAAUAGUUGCUGCAAAAUCCGGCGAAUACAUCGUUGAAGCAGGAAUUCAUCAAGGCGAUACAGCCGGCCCGGGCCCAUGUGUUCAGUGCACAAGUGGUCAGGAAGAUUUGAAGUGUUGUCAGUCGAAAUGCGAGUCCUUUUAUCCGAUAGUCCGAUGUGACGCAAAAUUUUCUCGUGUAUGAUCAACUGUGAGGAUCGGGAGUUGAAUACUAU